GGCAGCGGCCAAACUGGAGCCCCAGCCGUGCUGCUCAGACAACGUAUCUGAUUUAUUGACAAGACCAUAAUCUGAUCCCAAAGAUGUGCUCCACGAACCCAGGCAACUGGGUCACUUUUGAUGAUGACCCUGCUUUUCAAUCUUCUCAAAAGUCAAAGAAUUUCCCUCUGGAGAAUCAAGGCAUCUGUAGGCCAAACGGACUUAAGCUGAACCUUUCUGGUCCUAAGGAAUUUCCCAGUGGAUCUUCCUCCACCAGCAGUACCCCUCUCUCCUCUCCCAUCAUAGACUUUUACUUCAGUCCAGGACCUCCAAGUAACUCUCCUCUUUCUACACCUACCAAAGACUUCCCAGGUAUUCCUGGUAUCCCCAAAGGAGGGACUCAUGUCCUUUAUCCUAUUCCAGAAUCAUCUUCAAACAGUCCACUCACAACACCAGGAGCAGGUUCUUCCUUAUUGCCUACUAAACCAACCUGUUUAUCCCAUGCUUCUUUACCUGAUGACCACACAUGUACGCAUCCAGCUCCCAAAGUGGGUCUUCCAGAUGAAAAUAGCCCUCACCAGGCUGAAAGCCUAGGGUUCCAGAGUGAUGCUCCCCAGUUUCAGUAUUUUCGGGAGGACUGUGCUUUUUCAAGUCCAUUUUGGAAAGAUGAAGGCAGUGCUUCCCAGUUCACCUUGGACCCUCCAGGAAGCAGAAAGAUGUUCCAAUUAAGAGACAAAGAGAUGCCUAUUGAUCAAAAAAGUUUAAAUCAGUGUUCACUCAACUACAUCUGUGAGAAGCUUGAACAUCUCCAAUCAGCUGAGAACCAAGACUCGUUUGGGAAUUUGUCUAUGCAAUGUCUGUAUGCUGAAGACACUGCCUCUUCCUUUGUUCCCCACACGCUCUUCAGGAGUCAGCCAAAAACCGGAUGGUCUUUCAUGCUGAGAAUUCCUGAGAAGAAGAACAUGAUGUCUUCCCGUCAGUGGGGACCAAUUUUUCUAAAGGUCUUACCUGGAGGAAUUCUACAAAUGUAUUAUGAGAAGGGGUUAGAAAAACCAUUUAAAGAGUUACAGCUCGAUCCACAUUGCAGGCUUUCUGAACCCAAAGUUGAGAACUUUAGUGUGGCAGGAAAAAUCCAUACUGUGAAGAUUGAACAUGUGUCUUACACAGAAAAAAGGAAAUACCAUUCUAAGACAGAAGUAGUUCACGAGCCAGACAUAGAACAGAUGCUGAAGUUGGGGUCUACAGAGUACCACGACUUCCUUGACUUUCUGACUACUGUGGAGGAGGAGCUGAUGAAGCUGCCAGCUGUUUCAAAACCAAAAAAGAACUAUGAGGAACAAGAAAUUUCCCUGGAAAUUAUGGACAACUUUUGGGGUAAAAUCACUAAAGAAGAAGGAAAAUUGGUUGAAAGUGCUGUGAUAACUCAAAUCUGUUGCCUCUGCUUUGUGAAUGGGAACACGGAAUGCUUUUUAACCUUGAAUGACCUUGAACUGCAGAAGCGAAAUGAACGCUAUUUUGAAAAAGACCCAGAAAAGAAGGGGAUUGAUAUUCUUGACUAUCAUUUUCAUAAGUGUGUGAAAGCACAAGAAUUUGAGCAAUCAAGAAUCAUUAAGUUUGCACCUCUGGAUGCCUGCCGGUUUGAGCUGAUGCGUUUCAAGACUUUGUAUAAUGGGGAAGAUCUUCCUUUUUCCCUGAAGUCUGUAGUGGUUGUCCAGGGGGCAUAUGUGGAGCUUCAAGCCUUUGUCAACAUGGCCCCAUUGGCUCAGAGACCAUCCCACGCCAGUUCCUUGAGGUCCUGUGACAAUAUAAUGAUACACUUUCCUGUCCCAUCACAAUGGAUCAAGGCCCUCUGGACCAUGAACCUCCAGAGGCAGAAGUCCCUGAAAGCCAAAAUGAACCGCCGGGCAUGUCUGGGGAGUUUAUAUGAACUUGAAUCUGAACCUGUCAUACAGGUCACUGUGGGGUCAGCAAAAUAUGAGAGUGCCUACCGGGCCGUGGUAUGGAAGAUAGACCGGCUUCCUGAUAAAAAUUCAAGUCCUGAUCAUCCCCAUUGUCUGUCUUACAAACUAGAACUUGGAUCAGACCAAGAAAUUCCCUCUGAUUGGUAUCCGUUUGCUACCGUUCAGUUUGGGAUGCUUGAUACCUGUGCCUCAAGGACAGAAGUCAGGUCUCUGGGGGUGGAGAGUGAUGUUCAGCCACAGAAACAUGUUCUUCAGCGAGCUUGCUACAACAUUCAGGUUGAAAUAGAAAAGAAGUGGAUUAAAAUCGAUGGAGAAGACCCAGAUAAAGCUGGUGACUGCGUAACUCAGUAGGAGUAGCAAGAGUAAAUGAUAACGCCCCACUUUGCAAAUAUGUACUUCACAGAAACCACACCAACUUCUGCUACUGCAUAGUGGAAAUGACUUCUGAAUACAGAGCUUAGGACAGGGCCAAUGGCUGUGUUUAGAGGAGUUAAGACCUGAAACUGAACAAUCUAUAUUUUAUACUUUUGACAUAUUUGUGCCCUAGAGGUUUGAUCUAAAAUGUGUCUAUAAUUUGUGUGAUGUUUUUGCUUCCUAGUGAAACUCAAGGGCACUGUUAUUCAGUGUGUGACCCAACAGCCAGCUUGGCUAAAGGGUUUUUAAUUUUUGAUUACUCAGUGGCCGAAGGUUUUGCACUCUGGAUUACCUAGGUGCCAUAUUUAUUAUCCUCCAGUCCUCCUGUCUUCUUGCUGUGUUAGCACCUGUACCGGAGGGUGAGGCAAUCAAAGGAGGCAUAAACCAAAAUACUUCAUUUUCCCUUUUGCUCAUCUCUGAAAUGUAGCUAGGUGUAGGAUAAUACUGAAACCACAGGCUAAAAUGGAGAUGUGGAAGUAUCUGUGGUUUUGAAUUAUUUAUCUUCCUGUCCUAUUACCACAUUGGUGAGUAAUCAUCAGCUGUAUUUGGUACCUGUCUUUCCCCCAUGGUAUUAUCAUUUUCAAAAUCUAUUUGUAUUCUGGUGCGUGUUGCAAUGAAGCUAUUUCUGUUGAUAUACAUAUUUUAGUAUAAGUCACUAAGGCAUAUUACCUUUUGCUUGGAGAGAUUCUUUUCAAAAUGGAAUCCCAGUCUUCGACACUAGUUGAAAUAUUUAUGCACAUUAAAGAUGAAUUUUUAAAGUUCAUGCAUAUUGUUUCCCAAAAGUACAAACUCUAAGAAUGUAUUUUGAUAAAGUGUUAUUUGUAAUUAACACAAACCUCUCUUGAGUAGAAGUCUAAAUCAUAUUAUGAUUGUUUUAUGCUAGUUCUGCUAUCAUGUUAUUUAUGCUACUUCUGCUUAAUCUAGAGUAUUUUUCCUUAAAAGAUGAUCAGAAUGAAAGACACUAGAUUAUUUUACCUAGAUUUCUAAGAGUUGACAUUUCUAUUCUUCAAAGUCAGGUAAAUGUUUGGUUUCUAAUGAAAAUCCAAUGGCAUUAGCAGUUAUAAUUCUGUUUAUAAUUUCCUUCCAGUAUUUACAGUGAAAGGUCAGACUUGAAAAAUUUAUGAAAUCUAUGUUCUAGGUAUUUUUUAGUCUGAAAAACAAAGUCUUUCAUGUGGUAUUAAUACACCUUCAAUGUAUGUUGAAUCUUAAAUAUGAUUAGGAGGUAUUUUUCUCUGCUUACUAGGUUUGUUUUGAGUCAAAACUGAUAUAAUAAUGUUCUUCCAGACAGCAUUUGUAUGUUGGCCCACAGAGUUUAUGGCCUAUGUUUUAUUUAAUAUGGUAUUACAUACAUUUUAAUCUGUUCAAAAAGCAGAUUAAAACAAGCAUUUAUGAUGGUCUGUAUCAAUCAGCAGAAUUUAUUGCUUUUCAUUAUUUUGCUGUAAAGGCAAAGAAUGCAAAAGUUAACUGAUAAAAUGAAUUGGUAUUGCUCUUUUUAACUUCACUUGAUGCAUUGCGCAUAAUAUCAUAUGCUUUAGACUCACUGUUGAUGUAUAAGAGGGCAAAUCUGUGUGUACGUCAUUUAAAGAAAAAUUCCACCAUCUUUCCUCAUCAUCUGGUGUGGCACAUUCUGGAAUGACUUCAACUGCUCAGAACAAAUAUGGAGGCAGGCUGGACCUGAUGCUGCUCCAUGAUCCCAGGGAAGUCAGCUGGAUUAAUUACUGCCAUUCCUUUCAAAUCUCUUAUAUGGCAUCCUGCCCAUAAAGAACUCAGAGUCCGAUUCAGAUGAACUUAAUGAUUAUUUACACAUCAAAAUAAUUUUAGCAAAGGGUUCAAUUAAGCGCCCCUCAUGCUUCACAGGUUGACCAGUAUAGGUGGGUACCUCACUGCUGGGUCAUUUACUCAAUAGCCAUCCAGCCUUCAGGAACUUCUCAAGAUUCAGUGUUGGAAAUAUAGUAACGAAGGGCUGACUAAAGCCCAAUUUGAAUUUCUGCAGCAGUGCAAAGGUUCAUAGCAUUAACAGCAGGGUGCUACAGCAUAAUUGUUAAUUUGCACAUCUAUUAGGAUCCUUAAAUAUUCAUUACUUAGCCUUAAAUUAACAUUCUGUGUAGAGGGGAGAAGCUUUUUAACACAAUUCUUCUGACCUCAGAAAUGGCAGAAGGUCAAAUGUGACCAUGGUGCUUUAAGUGAAAAAUCAGGUAGGAUCCACUUAGACUUACAAAUUAGGAAGUAAAAUCUUUCUUGCCCGAAAGUAAAUGAUGAUCUUCAAAAUAACAACAACAGCAACAAUAAAAACCUCUGCUUUUAAGAUUGGGAAGGGAGGAAGGAAGUGAGUGAAGGAGGAACUACUCCUUUCCAGUGUUUUAAUUUAGGUAAUUUAGAUCAACCUUUAUGAGCUUGACCCGUUGGGAGUCAGUGGUUUGAUUGACACAUGGCAGACUUACCAGGAGCUGACCAGUUGGGGGCUAGUUGUUCUUCUCUAAUUGUUCUGGUUGCCUUACCAGUCAAAGGAUCAUAUUAACUGUGUAAAUGAAUUCAUGGCUUGAUGAUCACCUGACCAAUUGUACAGAUCUGAAUUUAAGGACAUUUCCUUGUUCUGUGGGAAUAGAAAUAGUUUAUCCAUUAAAAAAAGUAUGAAAAAAGAAAACUUUCCAGCACAUAAAUAAAGGCUGGAAGUUUUGACCUGAUUUAUAUAUUAGGCAGUUCUAAGGUUUUAGUUCCCUUCAUUCUGGAGCUGUGCUUAGGAUACAGCCCUUUUUCUUAUAAAUUCAGUUAGAAGGCCUUCCUUAAUAAUGACUAAGUAUUUUUAUAUCUUACUCAAAAUAUGAUUUUGUCAUAUCAAUACAAAUCUAAAACAGAUUGAGCCUUAAUAAUCAUGUAACAAAGUAUUUUGUAGGUUGAGUAUUGAUUUUCCAAAAUUAAAGAUGUAUUUUAAAUGAUU